GCUGUGCGUGGGAUCUCGUUUGCUAUUCUUGUACAAGUAAGAGGAUAUCAUAGAUUUGCACCACAAAACUUCGACGACCCCUCCAACCCCUCUUAAUCCUGUUCCAGUUGGCCCACAAUGUCUGAGAAGCCAGAGGUUGCCGCUCAACCUUCCGACCAGGAAGCCGAAACCCUAAAUGGCCAAACUGAAAAUGCUAAAGUUGACUCCAACGACCAGACAGCUGAAGAGGAUGAAGAAGAAGUUGCAGACGCAUUGUAUCCUCUCACUAUCCAUCUGCCCCGCGAGCCGAACAAGAUCCAUGUGAUGGUCUCGCCUCAAGAGCAAAUCCACGAGCUACGACAGUCUAUUAUCGAGCUGCCAUCUGCUUUCCAAUACUCGUGUUUCCACCUCGAGCAUGCCGGCGAGCGCAUAAAUGACUUUGUGCAAAUCUCUGACGUGAAGGGACUCGGUCCGGAAGCCGAGAUCCGCUUGGUAGAGGACCCCUAUACCGAAAAGGAGGCUAGAAUACAUGUCAUCCGAAUUCGUGAUCUAGUUGGUGCUGCUGGAGAUCGGACUGACACCCUGCAAGGGGUUCUACCCGGCAUCUCCCUCUUCGAUUCCAUUACUACAGGUGCCCAGGAUACCGACAAUGUCCAAGCUAGUGCCUACGACUUCGAAGCUCCCGCGAAGCCUUCAACUCUAAUACCAAAAGAGGAAGAGCCCGCCCCUAAGACGGUGAAGUCGAUUGCCCUGUCGCCAUGGAACCCUCCACCCUACCAUCUUAGACAGAAGGGCCAUUUGCUGUACCUACUCGUCACCACGAACGAAGGAGAGCAAUACCAGAUCACUUCGCAUGUUGGCGGGUUCUACGUGAACAAGUCAUCGAAUAGCAAAUUCGACCCCUUGCCCCGCGCUGCUCCUAAGGGUCAUUCUGCGCACUCACUAUUAACGCUUCUAACUCAAAUCUCUCCCUCAUUCUCAGAGUCCUUCGAGCAACUACUGCAGUACAACAACCGUAAGGACCCCCUCGCCACAUUCCAGAUGACGAAUGCUAUCCCUGCGGCACCAUGGCUAGUUCCUUCGCCAUCCUCGCCUUUAUGUGCUCACAGUCCGGAUAUCACAAGAACUCAGGAGGGCUAUCUUAUCUCUGGUGUUGAUAACACUGAUACGCUGAGAGAUUGGAACGAAGAGUUCCAGUCGGCUCGCGAAUUGCCAAAAGAGACGGUUCAAGACCGUGUCUUCCGAGAGCGAUUUAUUUCCAAGCUGUUUGCUGACUAUUCUGAUGCUGCUGCCCGAGGUGCUAUUCUGGUCGCCCGUGGUGAGGUCACUCCUCUCAACCCGACGGAAGGCCGCGACGCCCAGAUCUUUGUCUACAACAACGUGUUCUUCUCUUUUGGAGCUGAUGGCGUGGGAACCUUUACUUCUGAGGGCGGCGAUGAUGCUGCCAGGGUUGCCACAGGAAAGGAUGUCAACGGCGUGCGUCUAGUCAACCAGCUCGACAUCGAUGGGCUGUACAGCCCGGCGACUGUAGUGGUCGACUACCUCGGAAAGAGAAUCGUUGGCCAGACUGUUGUUCCAGGCAUUUUCAAGCAAAGAGAACCUGGCGAGAACUCCAUCGAGUAUGGAGCAGUAGAAGGAAAGGAGAUCGUUGCAGCCGAUGAACGGUUUGCGCCAACUUUUGAAAAGCUCUCCAAGGCCCUAAAAGUGAAGAAGCAUCCUGUCUGGGACAAGGAUGGCAAGCGAUUCGAUCUGGAGGCUAGUGUCGAAACUAAGGGACUGAUGGGAACAGACGGUCGGAAAUACGUCCUUGACCUAUACCGCAUUACGCCCCUUGAUGUGUUAUGGCUCGAAGAAAAUAGCAGCAGCACUGAGGGAGAGAAGAAUGAGCUCGAGUAUCCCCAUCGUAUGACGGUCUUGCGACCAGAACUCGUGGAACUGAUCCGGAAUCAAAAAUGGACCGAGUGGGUCAACAAGGAGCUCGCGCGUUUAAAGCAACAGUCCCAGUCCAAGUCUCAAAAUGAGAAAUCCAACAAGGAAGAAAACUCGUCCGCAGAAGAGAAGGCCGAGGAGAAGGCUGAAGAGAAGAUUGAGGAGAAGACUGAGGAGAAGGCUGAGGAGAAGGCUGAGGAGAAGACUGAAGAGAAGACCGAAGAGAAGUCCGAGGAGACUGAGAAGAAGAGCACAGACGAAGACAAGCCUAAUGAGUCUAGCGAUAGCGCCGCAACGGAGCCCGAAGACCGCAUUGACGCUUCUGAAUUCUACUUCGCACUUAACCCAGAUGUCUGCAGCGGACAAGUUCCGCAGACCGAAGCUGAGAAGGAGGAAAUGGCUGCCGACGAAGAGGAUGUUCGAAACGCCUGUAAAUAUCUACGCGAGUCGGCAAUUCCUGACUUCGUCAACGAUAUCAAGGCUGCAGAUCUGCCUUUCCCCAUGGAUGGUUUGUCGUUGACCAAGAUGAUGCAUAAGCGCGGAAUCAACAUGCGAUACCUUGGCCAGAUUGUGUCUCUCUGUGAAGGACCGAGGCUUUCGCGCCUUCGGGACUUGGCCUUACAGGAGAUAAUAUCGAGAGCAUUCAAGCACGUUGCGAGCAAGUACCUGCGGUAUUUGCCAAUUCCUCUUACUUCGGCUGGCAUUGCUCAUCUUCUCAACUGCCUUCUCGGAUUUGGCUUCAACAGCAAGCCUACUGCUGAGAUAGAUGAGUCUCUAAAGGCACUUUACCCUGAAGCUGACCUUGCAUUCGCGGAUCUUACUCCGGAGAGUCUCCGACAGGAAAUUGAAGCGCAGGCCAUCCGUCGAUUCAAGUUCACUUUGGAUUCAGACUGGCAUAACCAAAUUAAGCACCUGCAGCUCCUCCGCGACGUAUCCUUGAAGCUUGGUCUUCAACUCCAGGUGAAGGACUUCAAAUUCACCAAUGACCCUAGCGCUGCGCCCACUACAAAUGGCGUCAACGGUCACGCAAACAGCGAUACCAAGAAUGACAGCAAGAAGAAAAAGAAGAAGACGAGGGAUGGAUCCCCAGCUUCCGUUGCUUCCUCUACCAGCACCCCGACCACCUUUACUCCGGAUGAUAUUGUCAAUGUCGUCCCGAUUAUUAAGGACUCCGCACCGAAGAGUGCCAUUUCUGAGGAGGCCUUGGAAGGUGGUCGCCAUUCCAUCAUGCAAAACAACAGGAAGAUUGGUCAGGAGUUGUUAUUGGAGAGUCUGACACUUCACGAACAAAUCUACGGAAUCCUCCACCCCGAAGUUGCGCGAGCAUACUCCAGUCUUGCGCAGAUCUAUUAUCAGCUCGAGGAGAAGGAGGCUGCUGUCGAUUUAGCGAGGAAAGCUGUUGUUGUAUCAGAGCGCACUAUCGGUGUCGACUCUGCGGAGACGUUGCUCUACUACCUAAACCUUGGGCUCUAUGUACAUGGAUCCGGCGACAGCAAGACAGCUCUUGCAUAUGUUAAGCAUGCGCUUGACUUGUGGAAGAUCAUCUACGGGCCCGACCACCCGGAUUCGAUCACGACCCUGAACAAUGCAGCAGUCAUGCUUCAGCAUAUGCAAGCAUACCACGAAUCUCGCAUCUGGUUCGAGCAAGCCCUUGCUGUCUGCGAGCGUGUGAUGGGCAAGCAGUCCCUCCCAGCUGCCAGUCUCCUGUUCCAGCUCGCACAGGCGCUCGCUUUGGAUAACGAAUCCAAGGCUGCCCUCGUCAAGAUGCGUGAUUGUUACAAUAUCUUCUUGCAGCAGCUCGGGCCAGAGAAUAAUAAUACCAAGGAGGCUGAGACUUGGUUGGAGCAGCUAACACAGAACGCUGUCGCAAUCGCGAAGAGGGACAAGGACGCUCAGUCAAGGCGUCUACGGGCUGGAAUCCGCUUCCCGGCUCGCAACGUCGCGUUAGGAGGUGGCGCCGGCGCUACGGCACAACCCACAGCACUAAACCAGCCUACAUCGGAUAAGCCAGAUGCUCGAAGCAUCGACGAUCUCAUCAAGUUUAUUGAGGGUAACACGGCUCAAAAGAAGAGCACCAAGAAACGCGCAGGUCGCAGCGGGCCUAAAACUCGAGUAGGCGCGGCCGCUGCCUCAUAAAGCGUUAAGGACAAUAGGACACAGGGACAGGAUGCGGAUCAUGGGGAACGAAGCUUGACAUGAACGGGUAUGAGAGGGGCUCUAAAACACGGACCGGGAGGGGCAUGAAAAGGAAAGAAUGAAGAGUUACGUCUACCUGGCAUGAAUGAUAUUUUUCCUCGGUUGAGGCGUCUCUGGAACGGGGUCAAAAAUCUGUCUGUUUUUUUAUAUCUUUUUUCUGUUUAUCCUCCCCCAGGGACUGGUUGCAUAGAUCUAAGAAAGGGGUGUUGCAUCGCGUUGUUUUUCCCCCCCAUCUUCAUCAUGUCACCUUUACCGCCGUAUAGGCGGUAAACUCCUUACUCUCUACCUACUGCCGUAUGUCGGAACUCAACAACAUAUAUGGUAUGAUGGUGUUUGAGCUGUAUAUAUUAGGUGGACGACGAGGGGAAGGGGGCAAGUCAGUCGGACUAGGUCUAAGGUACAAACAGCAAGCAGUAUAGCAUCUCGAGGGGAUCUAUUCCCGCUCUCGGACAUACAUAGUAUGCGGGACACGGCGCGCGCAAUUCCUUUAUAGGUAUUUGCUUGCCUCGCGUGUGUUAAUAGACAUCAUCUUCACUCUUGCCUGCGAGGUUGCUUGACUUGGUUACAUAGGCGCCUAUCUAAACGUGCAGUAUGCUAGGUAUAACCAUAGUUAAC